AUGUGGAACCUUAUCAACUACAACUACAGCGGGGGAGAAGCAACUGCCGACGGCAAUGGUGACGGAAACGCUGCUAGCGAAAAUGGCAACGCCACCGGCAACAACUACAACCUCUGGAGCAUGCUAGGAUAUGAGGACAAUCCCAGUGCAGAAAAAGAAGCUAGCCAAAAUAACAUUGACCAAAAGGAAGUCCACCCAAAGGGGAAAAAAAAAAAAAAAGCAUCGAAACAUUUCGUGAGAGUGAUUGACGAAGAUGGCAACGACGUUCUAGACAAAACGCUUGGGGAAAACAUAAACGAAAUGGACGAAGAUUCAUCAGAUAAAAAGAAAAAGAAGAAGAAGAAAAAAAAAAAAAGCAGAAAAACAUUUGACUAGAUGAGCGGGGAGGAAGCACCUGUGGAAGAAGCCUCUGUGGAAGAAGCCCCUGCGGAAGAAGCCCCUGCGGAAGAAACCCCUGCGGAAGAAACCCCUGCGGAAGAAGCCUCUGCGGAAGAAGCCUCUGUGGAAGAAGCCACUGUGGAGGCCGCCAGCUUGAGUGAAGAAGACGGUGGAGGUCAGGCCGGGCAGGAAACCGCCUCCGCCAUGGCCAAUGAAUGGUUCUUUGGAAAAAUCAAAGAAAUCCUGGAGCCAAGCAUGAACCAGGAAGCAAUAAGCGAAAUGAUAACGAACAAAUAUAACAGCUUCAAUGAAGCCAACUCUGGCAUUUUUAAUCUAAUAGAGAACCUACUCGUCCGUACAAACACCCAAGAAAAAACAGAACUAAAUAAAAAACAAAGAAGCAGCUACCUGUACAAUCAUUACAACUCUAUGGAUUCUUCCGUAAAUGAACAUUACAAUUUUGUUAACUAUUCCAUUUACUGCAUUAACAAAGAAUUAGCUGCCAAUGUGGAGUUGGAGGCGACCAAAAUGAUAAAAAUUUACAACUAUGCUUUUACCAAAUUUAAAAAGGAUAUAAAUUUUAAGGACCAAAUUUUUUCCGACUUGGUGAAUGAGGCGGACGAGGUCUCCACCUUGAUAGUUAAUGAGAAAAACAACCAAAAGAAGAGGAUCCCAAAAAUUGAUUUCCUCAUUUUGGUAAAUAUCAACAGUGAUAACUACAACAACAUAAUCGAAUCGCACAGUGUUCAAACGCCCAAAUUGAAGCUCGAGGAAAUUUUUAAAAUUAACGUGAAUUGA